UAUCCCCUGAUAUACGGUAGCGUAAUUGCCGUGAACGACUCUAGUUUCGUCUCGCUCGACGAGCCACCCAAAGUUUAUGCAAUAACGUGAACCAAGUCGCAGCACUGAUUCGAACAAGGAUACGCACUUGUCUGCUGGGUAGAUCAGCGGGGAGCGACAUGUUCUGUUCCAUUUACGUGCGGUUGCGCUUUAGUAACAAACACCAUGAUACUCGUCACAGUACACAGCCAGGGCUGUUUGUCUCAACCAUCUCGUUAACACUAGGCACUACGAUCUUUUGAAAGACAUCCAUUUCAUGCCAGUGCAAGAGUUGCUGAGAGCUUUCGAAAUCUACGUUUCCGGCCACGUGCCUUCACAUCUACUUGAUAUCCGUGAUAUUGGGACCGCUAGCAGCAUCAGCGACGUAAAGCUAUUAACAAGGGAGGAUGUGAGGAACACGGCGCGCUUAAGGAUAGAGAUGGUCACGGAGGCGGAUAUCCUGGCGAAUAAGGCUCUGCUGGGCUGCGAAGAAUGGGAGGACUGGCGCUUGGGUGACAUGACCCCUCUAAUCCAGAUGCAACUCAAAUAUGCUAUUUUCUCCCAUCGCUGGUGCAGCACUGGUGAACCAUCUUUCCAUGAUAUUUCCACCGGGAUAACAUCAAGCCGUGAUGGAUGCGCGAAGCUUUUGAAUUUUUGCAAGAAAGCAAAGGAAUUUGGUUGCGAUUACGCCUGGUCGGACACCUGUUGCAUAGACAAGACUAGCAGCGCCGAGUUAGAGGAGGCCAUCCGGUCUAUGUACCGGUGGUACGGCAGUGCCGAAGUGUGCAUUACGUAUCUUGGAGCAUCGUCGAGCGUGAAGGAUUUCGACGCCGAACCAUGGUUUACCCGUGGAUGGACGUUGCAAGAGUUGCUUGCACCACGUCGGACGAAAUUCUAUGGCAGGGAGUGGGUUCCCAUUCUUUCCCAAUUACCUCUCAAAAGCAACGAUAAAGAACAAGACGAACUAUCCGGUGCCAUCGAGUGUGUCACUAGGAUACCUUGCCACCAACUAAUCGCUUUUCGUCCAGGAUGCUACAGAGUAUGGGAGAAACUGCUCUGGGCAUCAAGGCGCACAACGACAAAACUGGAAGACAUGGCUUAUUGUCUCAUCGGAAUCCUCGAUAUUAACAUGCCCAUUGCGUAUGGAGAAGGCGAAUGGGCCUUCCAUAGGUUGAUGGAAGUAAUCCUGCAGAGAUGUGACGAACCCGAGAUUUUCGCCUGGGUUGGUUUGCCUUCCAUGUACUCUCUCGUUUUGCCUAGCUCUCCCGCAUGCUACGAGGCUAUCUUGGACUCCAUGUCUGCGAAAACACUACGCCUAGAGCCGUCACAGAAUCAGCAGAUAUUACCCGCGUGGACCUCAAACAUAGGAGACAGGACAUUCACGCUGACAAAGCACGGGCUGGAGAUCGAUCUUCUCAUGAUAGACGUAGAAAUGGUCGAGAUCGAUGAGAGCACGGGCCACCAUGGUGACGCUUGGCUCACUCUGCGCCCAGACUGGAACUUGCCCGAAGGCACAAGGGCCAAAGAGACGAUUAAGGUCCACACCGAUAUUAGGCGGUUGUACCUGGAGCCCCAGUGGGUGUUGGGCGUAAUCAAUUACGAGAAAGCGUCCACAAAUUACGGACGGCUUGGUGCAGGCAAAAGCUACCUAUGUUUUCUAUUGGGAAGUCCCUAUGAUCCUACUAGGUGGACGAAAUUUUACACGAGAAACCUUCUUAUCCUUCCUUGCGAGCAUGAUAUGGUGGGGCCGCUUCGGAGAGUUUGCCUUCGGCAACGGUCGGCUACUCAGGAAUACCUACCAUGGCUGAAGGCGACGAGAAUGUAUGGCUGAUACCUUUAGUAGACUUGUCAACCGGCUUUAUUGCAGCGUGCGACAUGUAAAACAGACUAAUGGUAGUCGAGAAGGCUUUGCAUCAAUCUGAGAUGGGUGAAUCGUCAUUCAUUGUCUACCUGCAAAAAUUCUGAAUU